ACGCUGCUGACAGGCGAAGUCAGGGAAGGCUAGAUAGACUUGACUGAUUUUUUGUGUUGAUAUUUCUGACUUCCAAAUUCAAGGCAGAAGUUUGAUAACUCGGCGAUUCCGCUAUACCAAGGAAAAUAAUUAAUUGGUUUGUUGGCAAUGGCGUACGUUACCGAAGAUGGAACCGUCCUAAAGUCUGAGCCCUGGGGACGUAAGUUGAUCACAUUCUUCAUGGGCGUCUAUCAUGCAUUGUUUAUGUUUGUAACAUCACUGCUUAACCCAAUUAUCGGAAUGCUAGGCCCAGGUGAUUCUAGCUCCCAAAAUAGCAGGUACACAAGGGACUUUCGACCAGGUUCUGGACCUCCACGCCCACCUUACCGCAGACUUGGUCGACCAAACUUAGGCCCUGCCAUGAACAUUCCAGGAGGAUGUGGCGGAUGUGGAUGUGGAUAAAAGGGAAGCUCAACAAUCCUUUGCAAUUUUUAUCAGUUUGAAUUCAAAGUUCGGAAUCGAACAUUUUAUAAAUUGAACCAAUUAUACGUAAUAUAACUCAUAGAGUCCACAGAAUGAUAAUUAGUUAAAUUUUUAAGUAAGUUCAGAAUUGGGUAAAAUAAACAAACAUCUUAGGUGCCAUUUAAAAACAAUACGUAGUCAUAUCUAUCUUUAACAUUGAAAUCGCAUAGCAGCAUUGUUUGAUGAGUGCAAAUCAUCUGAUACUGUAGAACUCGCACGAUAUACUAUGCCGAAUAAAUCAGCAAAUAGCAUAACUUUUUUUCUAUCAUUUUCAAUAUCCAUAAUGUAACACAUAAAAUUGUAAUGACAAACGAUAUCGAUAAAGAGCAAUUAUUGCCCUGUAAUUCUUUACAACCAC